UGGCCGUGCUGCUGUGCGGCUGCUGCCCCGGGGGGAACCUCUCCAAUAUCAUGUCCCUGCUAGUCAACGGAGACAUGAACCUCAGGUCUGUGCCAGCCUUUGCUGCCCCUGUUCCGGGGCGCGGCUCGUGGGUACCAGGACAGAGGAGCCGGUUUCAGGAUCUCAUCAGGGGAAUUUUGGGGGGACAAAAAGACGUUUGAGCUCUGGCGUUGUUGUGUCCCGCGCUGGCUGCCCGCCUCUGGGAGAUGCGGAGAGCCCAACCCGUGCUGAACACUUGCAAUUAUUAUCUGUUUGUGCUCCACGGCCCCCUAAGGCAGGCAGGUUUUACAUGCAAAAAUAUAAUCUUCCUUUCACAAAAAACACAGCUGGCAAUACCCUCCACCCCCCUCAACCAUAUUCAGGCCAAUAUCCGAGCAUCUCCAGCCUGCUCGGUAACCGGAGAGAAAUUCUUGCAAUCAAACAGCUAUUUGCGCCCUGGGCGACUCUUGUCCCAGCUCCUAGAGAGGGUUUUGCACGAUAGGUUUGUGCCUCGUUACACGAAAUGGAUUUGUACCGCCAGCUCUUACUGGAGGCUCGGGAGGUAUUGUUCCCCCCCCCCCCACCCAGCAGCUGAUGGAAGAGCUGCUCGUGCUGACCCGCUGCCUGUUGUUCUGUCCCCUCCCUCCUGCAGUAUUAUCAUGACCGCCUCAUCCACCCUGCUGGCCCUGCUGCUGAUGCCCUUGUGCCUGUGGAUAUACAGCCGAGCCUGGAUCAACACGCCUCUGGUGCAGCUCUUGCCCCUGGGGGCCGUGAGUCUGACCCUAUGCAGCACUUUGCUCCCCAUCGGCGUAGGAGUUCUCAUCCGCUACAAGUACACACGGGUCGCCGACCUCUUGCUCAAGGUUUCCUUGUGGUCCCUUUUAGUGACUUUGGUGCUUCUUUUCAUUCUGACUGGCACUAUGUUGGGACCUGAGCUGCUGGCAAGUAUCCCUGCCUCUGUCUACAUAGUAGCACUCUUGAUGCCCUUAGCGGGCUAUGCCUCAGGAUAUGGCUUAGCUACUUUAUUUCACCUGCCACCUCAUUGCAAGAGGACAGUGUCUUUGGAAACAGGAUGUCAAAAUGUCCAGCUCUGCACGGCUAUACUAAAACUAACUUUUCCACCACAUCUCAUAGGAAGUAUGUAUAUGUUUCCUUUGCUUUAUGCACUUUUCCAGGCUGCAGAAGCUGGGAUUUUUGUGUUAGUGUACAAGAUGUAUGGAAGAGAUGCCUAUAAACAAGAUCCCCUAAAUGAAGAUGAAGACACAGAUAUUUCUUACAAGAAACUGAAAGAGGAGGAAAUGGCAGAUACCUCAUACGGCACAGUGACUACAGAGGAACACAAUUCUAUUCUGAUGGAGCCUGCACAGACUGCACUGUAGAUGGACAACAGAGCAACAGAAGGGGACGCUUGAGUUACAGUAAUAUUAUAUGGUAUUUGCGAUAUGUUUUGGGAACUUGUAAAACAGGCAGCUGGGGUACUGACUAGACUCCAUUAUCCACCCAUCUACUCUCAGUGUAUAAGAUGACCAUAUAUUUACUAUUGUGCCAAUUGCGAAUAUUUUCUCAAAAAUAUAGCCUUAUAUGUACAAAAAUCAACGUGACACCAGAUAAGUCUACAACUUCAUACGAAGAAGCUCUUUGGUGAUAUAACUAAGGCAGGGACAGGUACCAGAAACGAAUGAAGCAUUUUGUAGGAAAGGGUUAAUUUGUGUAUCACUGAUGAACAAACGAGCAAAUUAGAUUAUAUUUGUAAAGUGUCGUUCAAGUUUAUGCAUCCCAUUAGUUGUAAAAAAAUCCUGUCUAUUGUUCUGAUGAUAAAUGCGUGGAAAAGAUGAAUUAACGCUGUAUUAAUCACUAAUUAAAAUCCCUCCAAAGAUAACUAAAAAUUAAAAGGAAGUGCAAGUAA